AUGGGCAAUUGCAGUUGCAUCUCGUUCCAAACGACCCAGGUAGCAACGGCCAAGGUCGUCGUUCACGACGGAAGACUACAGGAAUUCUCCUACCCGGUUAAGGUGUCGUAUCUUCUGCAGCUGUACCCCGCAUGCUUUAUAUGCGACUCUGACGAGAUGGCCUUCGACGACGUCGUUACUGCGGUUGACGAGGACGAGGAGUUGCGUCCCGGCCAGCUCUAUUUUGCUCUUCCGUUGAACCAGUUGAAGCGCCACUUGCCGCCGCAAGAGAUGGCGGCGUUGGCCGUCAAGGCUAGCUCCGCACUCACCAAGAGUGGUGGUGGGGAGAAAUGUGGCUUUCGCCGGAAACAGGUUGUGUUUCUUGCCGGCGAGGGGAACGCUAAACCUUGCCGGCGAGUCGUGCCGGAAGCUGGUUGUGGCGGUGCUACGGUUAAUAGGUCGAGGAAAGGAGGGAGUAAAAGCGGCGGUGGUAGAGGAAAGUUUAAGGCAAUGUUGAGUUCUAUACCGGAAUAG